AUGGAUACUGUGAAGUCAAUCAAAGGAUACUUCAAAGUAGAUGAAGCGCAAGAUCAAGCGUCGAAGAGAAAGACGUUGAAACGGUAUCUUUUCUUGAGCGUUUCCUUCGUGGUUCUGGUGGCCUUUGUCAUCAUCGGCACUACGGUUGGCGUUUCUCAUGGCCGGAACAACCAUUCCGAUGCCUCCACACAGAGUUCAACUCCGAACCUGACACCAGCCGUUUCGCUCAGGUCAGUUUGCAGCGUGACUGACUUCCCUGAUUCAUGUUUCUCCAGCAUCUCCAAGAUCCCAUCGUCCAACACGACGGAUCCGGAGGUUCUCUUCAAGCUUUCCCUGAAGGUGGUGGUCGACGAGCUCGCUUCUAUCUCCGAUCUGCCGAAGAAGCUCUCCGAAGAGACCGACGAUGCGCGACUCAAAUCAGCUCUCAGUGUUUGCCGAUCUAUGAUAGACGACGCCAUGGACAGUCUCAACGAGACUAUCUCCGCCAUGGAAGCCGGAGACGUGAAGAACAUCGUCGACGAUCUCAAAACGUGGCUCACCGCUGCCUUAACCUACCACGAGACGUGUUUCGAUACACUCGACGAGCCUAGCCCGAGCAACAAGACCGUCAACGCCAACUCCACAUUAAUCUCGCAGUCUCUAAAAUCCUCCAUGCAAAACUCCACGGAGUUAACGAGCAACAGUCUAGCGAUCGUCGCAAAGGUCAUCUCCACGUUGAGCGAUUUCAACAUCCCUAUUCACAGGAGACGGCUACUCGCUUUCCCAAGUUGGGUCAAGCCAGGGGUGCGCCGGCUACUUCAGGAGAAGAAAGUAAAGCCUAACGUGACGGUUGCAGCUGAUGGCUCCGGUGACGUGACGACGAUCACCGAGGCUGUGUUAAAGGUCCCGUUCAAGAGUAACACUACGAUCGUUAUAUACGUCAAGUCCGGUACCUAUGAGGAGAAUGUAUUUAUGGAUAAGAGCGCAUGGAAUGUCAUGAUCUACGGAGACGGAAGCUCCAAGACCAUCAUUUCCGGCAACAAGAACUGCAUCGACGAUGAGUCGCUUCACACCUACCAAACCGCCACAUUCUCGAUUCUAGGGAAAGGCUUCGUGAUGAAGGACAUCGGGAUCAUCAACACGGCCGGACCGGAGAAGCACCAGGCGGUGGCGUUUCAUUCACAAUCCCAUGAGUCUGUCUUCUACCGAUGCUCUUUCGACAGCUACCAAGACACUCUCUACACACACAGCAACCCCCAAUUCUACCGUGAAUGCGACGUCACCGGUACAGUAGAUUUCAUAUUCGGAAACGCCGCCGCCGUCUUCCAGGACUGCACCAUCCGGCCACGUCAGCCUCUUCCCAACCAGUUCAACGCAAUCACCGCCCAGGGUAAGUCGGCUUCGAAUAUGGCUUCCGGGAUUGUGAUCCAGCGUUGCAAAAUCUAUCCCAACGGAAAGGUAACCGCUGCGACGUAUCUCGGCCGUCCGUGGAAGAAGUACUCCACGACUGUGUUUAUGGAGUCGGAGAUUGGAGCGGUCGUGGAUGCCGCCGGGUGGAUGCGGUGGGAUGCGAGUGUGGACCCGCCUUCGAGUAUUCUUUACGGAGAGUAUAAGAAUUCGGGUCCUGGUUCGGGUUUGACCAAGAGAGUUAAAUGGGCCGGGUACAAGCCCGUUAUGUCUGAUGCGGAGGCGAAGAAGUUUACGGUUGCCUCGUUUCUCCAAGGGAACAAGUGGUUACCGGCCGAUGGAGUGCCGUAUCAGCUCACUUAG